UGAUGCCGUGGCAGAUCCUUGUUUCUCUGCUCCCUGGCCUGGCUCCGGUGAUGUGAGAUCUCAGAGAGGCGCAUCAGCCGCCUCUCUCUGUCUCCGCCUCACCCCACCCACCUCCCCCCCGUCACCUCAUAUCGUCUUCAUCACCCCCCCCCCCCCCCCCACCCCACCCCUGCCCGAGCCCCCCCCCCCCUCCCCCCACACACACACAGCGGUAGCGGCGAUGGACCGGUGCCGCCACGUGUUCCGCUUGCGCUUGGCGCGCGACCACUCCAUCCUGAACCCGCAGAAGUGGCACUGCGCCGUGUGCAACACCACCGAGUCGGUGUGGGCAUGCCUGAGCUGCCCGCACGUGGCCUGCGGCCGCUACAUCGAGGAGCACGCGCUGCGGCACUACGAGGAGCAGCGACACCCGCUGGCGCUGGAGGUCAACGAGCUCUACGUCUUCUGCUACGCCUGCGACGACUACGUGCUCAACGACAACGCCACGGGCGACCUCAAGCUGCUCCGCAGCACGCUCAGCGCCAUCAAGACGCAGAAGUAUGACGAGGUCACCGCCGCCACGCGCCGCGGACGCACGCUCAGGUCGUCGGCUCUCGGCGCUCUGGUCGGGGACGGCCUCGGCGGCAACCUGCGCGACCAGGAGCUGCAGCUGCGCGACGAGGACCGCAUGUUCACUGCCCUGUGGCACCGGCGGCGGGCCCUGAUUGGCCGAGCCUUCCGCGUGUGGCUGUCGCAGACGUCGGGCGGCCAGCGGCUCCUGGAGGAGGAGAGGAAGAGGGAGGAGGAGGAGGAGCGCAAGGAGGAGGCGCGCGAGAAGAGGCGCUCCCGCAAGCGGCGGCAGAAGGAGCAGCUGGAGAAAGCGCCGCCCAGGAAGAGCAGUCGCCUCCGGCGGCUGAGCCAGAGGACUGUCGCCCCGGCAACAGCGGAGGCGGCGCCGGCGCCGGCGAAAACGGGGAAGGUCGGGAGGAAGAGGAAGAAGAGCCUCAGCCCGGUCCGAGCCGUCGCGCCCAAACGACGCGUCGGGCGCCCACGCCGCUCCGAAACGAUGACGACGACGUCGACGACAACGGCGCCGGUGGCGAAAGCACGACGGGGACGGCCACCGCGAAGCCACAAGACCCCCACGCCCGCCCCGUCCUCCAGAGCCAAGCACAAGACGCCGGGCAAACGAGGCCCCGGCCUCAAGCGCAAACCCUCGGCCCCUCCUCCUCCCCCCGCCAAGAAAAGUUCCGGCAGCAGCAGCGGCGGCGACUCGCCCAUCAAGCGGCGUCCCACGGUGACCCCGGGGGUCACGGGCCUGCGUAACCUGGGCAACACGUGCUACAUGAACUCCAUCCUGCAGGUGCUCAGCCACCUGCACCUGUUCCGCGAGUGCUUCCUGCGCCUCGACCUCAGCCAGGCGCUGGAGCUGCUCGCCUCCGCCGUCAACGGCAAGCUGGUGGCCGCCAAGGGCCUGGCCGCCCACGCGCCCGUCUCCCCGUCCUCCAGCCUCUGCCUCGGCCCCGGCCCCGGUUCCGUUUCCGGUCCCUCGGCGGCGUCCCAGCCCAAGAUCCCGCACCAGGGCCCGGGGCGGUGGAGCGUCCUGGUGGGCCGCGGGCUCAGCGGCGGCGCCGCGCCGUCGCGCUCGCGGAGCAUGGAGCUGAUCCAGCCCAAGGAGCCGAGCUCCACGCACCUGUCGCUGUGCCACGAGCUGCACACGCUCUUCCAGGUGAUGUGGUCGGGCAAGUGGGCGCUGGUCUCGCCCUUCGCCAUGCUCCACUCCGUCUGGCAGCUCAUCCCGGCGUUCCGCGGCUACGCGCAGCAGGACGCCCAGGAGUUCCUCUGCGAGCUGCUGGACAAGGUCCAGCGCGAGCUGGAGACCAGCGGCAGCGGAGGAGGAGGAGGAGGCGGCGGCGGGGAUGUGCCGUACACACACCUCCCGCACGCACACACGCACGCGGCCCACGCCUCCGUAGCAGCGGCAGGAGGAGGAGGAGGAGGAGGAGGGGGGUCCGUGACCCAGAAGAAACUCAUUAAGCAGGUGCUAAGUGUGGUCAACACCAUCUUCCAUGGACAGCUACUCAGCCAGGUGACGUGCCUGGCGUGCGACUAUCGCUCCAACACGGUGGAACCCUUCUGGGACCUGUCGCUGGAGUUCCCCCAGCGUUACCACAGCAACAGCAAGGAGCCACAGGGCCAGUGCCUGCUGACGGAGAUGCUGGCCAAGUUCACCGAGACGGAAGCCCUGGAGGGCAGCAUCUACGCCUGCGAGCAGUGCAACAAUAAGCGUCGGCGAGCCUCUAAAUCAGUGCUUCUGACUGAAGCUCAGAAGCAGCUCAUGAUCCACAAACUGCCUCAUGUGCUACGACUACACCUCAAACGUUUCAGGUGGUCAGGGCGAAACCACAGAGAGAAGAUAGGUGUGCACGUCACCUUUGACCAGACCUUGAACAUGGAGCCGUACUGCUGCCGAGACUCCGCCCCUUCUGGCACUCACUUCCUGUAUGAGCUUUCUGCUGUGGUGAUGCAUCAUGGGAAGGGCUUUGGCUCUGGACAUUACACUGCCUACUGCUAUAACAGAGAGGGAGGGUUUUGGGUGCACUGUAACGACUCUAAAAUGAGCAUAUGUUCCGUGGAGGAGGUGUGCAAGGCUCAGGCCUACAUCCUGUUUUACACUCAGCACCUUUCUCAGGACAAAGUCAAGAGUGCCGCCUAACCUUUACACACACACACACACACACACACACACACACACACACGCACAUACACCCUCGAGCCUCCCUCUGCUCUGGAAAGAUGGACUUCAAGCAGUUGUGUGUGUGUGUGUGUGUGUGUGUGUGUGUGUGUCUGUGUGUGUGGUGCGUUUUUAUUUGUGUAUUUUUGUACAUGAUGUGUAUAGGUUGUAUUUUAGUUCUUUCUGGUCAUUGCUGUUUUUAAAUAGUGUGUAAUUCUUCUGACAGGCCUUACCAUAUCUUGGCACUCACACUUGGGGCAGCUGUGUGUAUGUGUGUGUGUGUGAGAGGGUCUUGAACAGAAUAGUGUGUGUGUGUGUGAGAGAGAGAGGCAGAUAAGAAUGUUUUUAAUUUACGUAUGCUUGUGUAUGCAGCUGUAUACAAGUGCAAUAGAUGAGAAAGUGUGAGUGUGUGUGUGUGUGUGUGUGUGUGUGUGUGUGUGUGUAGAGUACCUGUGUGUAUAAGUAAAAAAAACUGACACCAGCUCAUCGUUCAGGUCUGGCAACCUCUUCAAAGAUAAUUAUUUUAUUACGCACCAUCAGUAAUGUCUGUCUUACCCACAGCAGUCAAAGUGCAGUUUGAAUGUGUUCCAUUCUCCAGUGGACCAGUUCUCCUCCAAAACCCCAGUCUGGAUUUUUUACAGAUAAGGGGAUUUGGUUGUCCUUUUCUGGGUGUGUCCCUCCACAUACGCUCACACACACCCCUGGCUAACAGGAAGUAGAUUAACCGAAUACACUCAAACUCGGCGUCCCAUUGCAAGAAUGUGCGUAUUGGGUUUUCCUGUUUGUAUAUCAGUCAGAGAGAAGUGCCCUUUGUGACAUCAGAAUUGGAAUUGUUUUUUUGUUUGUCAAUGAAGAUUUUUAAAGACUCAAAAUUUGGGGAAAUUCUGUUUAAAAAAAAAAAGAAAAAAAAGAAAGAGAUUUCUAUUUUUAUAACAAACUUGGAAGUUUCUGGGUGAUCUUGGGCUUUUUUGAUAAAAAAAUAUUUUUAUGUGUAGUUAUUUCUUUCCAGGACUCUCAGUCGACACCAGCAGCAUAUUGUGUGACCAGUAUUACUUGAGAAUCUGAGUGUGUGUUUGUGUGUUUGUACUUUGAAGUGUAAAUAAUCUGAAGAACAUGCUGUGUAAUACAUACUUGCAUCACAAACACACACACACAGACACACAGUCACACUUUUCCAGACCACACAUAUAUACCGUACAGAAAGCAAUACUAUGCAAACUGUUACCUCAAUUUCUAGAAAAAAAUUUACCUCAAUAAAAGGAGAAUAUUUUUUCAUUUUUCUAAA